AUGGGAGAAGAUUCUUUGUUCUUGGGGUUUUUUGGGGACAAUGGGAGACCAAAAAUGACAGAAAAUUUGCGUAGGAAUAUCAACUCCUUUGAUUAAAGAGACCUUCGUCUUUUGCAUUUGAACUAUUACCAAGCCGGAGUAAAGUCUUCUUCUCAUUCAUUCCUUUAAGGCAAGCUUUGUCUUUCACUUCCCAAAGUGUGCACGGUUUUCUCUUCUUUUUGGUUCUCUUACUCCCCUGCUCAUAUAAACCUCACCCAAAUGGACAUCAGCUAUGUGCUUUAACUACGUGUUUAUCUGAAAAUGGGUUCUUGGAGUUGCACAUGCUCUAAGUUUCCAAGUGCUCUUUCUUCUUUUGGAUUGAAAAGAUUGAAUCUUGAGUGACACUCAUCUUUUCAGGGAAGUAUGGAGAUUGUCUAGUUAGAAUAGUGAAUCUGUCUUCUCCAUAUCUGUUUCUGGGGAGCAUGGAGGAGGUUGAAGCAGCUAACAAAGCAGCAGUAGAGAGUUGCCAUAGAGUUCUUGACAGUUUCUUAAACAAACCCAACAAUGAUAUUCAGUGUAAAAAUUUAGAGGUGCAGACUGAGGAGGCUAUGUGGAAGUUCAAGAGAGUUGUGUCUCUUCUGGGUCAUGGAAGAGUCAGAAAGUUGAAGAAGAAGCUCGACUCAUCUUUGCCUCAAAGCCUCUUCUUGGAUGGCCCUGAUUACAGAUCAGACAUUUCAAGCAGAACCCUCCAACUACUCCCAGCUACUUUCCCUCAAAACCCACACACACAAAUCCAGCAAGUGAUUCUAGGCAACCCAGUUUUGGAUAUGAGUAUCAAGCUUCCUCUCCAAAGUGCCAAACCAAAACCAUUGCAGCCGUUACAUAGAGUUCAAGUCCAUCCCCCACAAUUCAGUGGCGUAACCCUUGCAUUUAACAAGCCUAGCACCACACCCUCCUUGUCAAACGCCCCGUCGUUUAUUUCAUGCUUGAGCAUGGACGCCGGUGGUGCGGCCAACUACGGCGGCAAUUCCUUUAGACUAAUCGGUGGCGGCAUGCCGCGGCCGUCUGAACAGAUCUCGCAACAACAGAGGAGCACUAGCGCACAGCAAAACAGCAGUGUAAAAUGUAGCAGCAGUAACAAUUGUCCUAAUUCAAGGAAGAGGAGACUCAGGGUGAGAAAAUCUUUCAAGGUACCUGCAGUAAGUCAGAAUGUUGCAAACAUUCCUGGUGAUGAGUACUCAUGGAGGAAGUAUGGGCAGAAGCCAAUCAAGGGCUCUCCUUAUCCAAGGGGGUACUAUAAGUGUAGCACCAUGAGAGGCUGCCCAGCAAGGAAACAUGUGGAGAGAUGCGUCGAAGACCCUGCAAUGCUAAUUGUCACCUAUGAGAGCGAGCAUAAGCAUACAGUAGUGUCUGCCCAACGCUGAUAGUCACCCAUCCGAGCCGGAAAUGCUGUUCGUAGACCUUGACAUUUUGCAUGAGCCUAGACAAUUUGUAACGACCCUGACUAGUAUUGUCAGGUCUUUAUGAAUCUAAAAGUUGCAUUCUAGC